AUGGCAGGCAGAUUAACAUUAUCACCAGGAGAGUCUCUACGUCACAUGGAGACACCGACUUCUAAGUUGCAACAGCAAGCCUUUGUCGUCGACAGGAGGCGACGACGACGUCGCGAAACCUCCAAACUGCAACUUUUCAAUCACGACACCAAGCCCAGUCUCCAGCAGAAAAACUGCGACGACAAGCAGCAGCGCCAAGCACCGGCCAACCCCACCGUGGUGGCUGGCAUCGUAGGGGGCGCACUGGCAUUCUUCCUGGUCGUUGUCUUGACCAUUAUCUACUGCUCCUACAAGAACCACGCCCCGUCGGACCUAAGGAAAAGGGUGGCCGAUCUGUACACUUACAUCGGGGAUGUGGAAGAUGUUAUCUGGAUGCCGGGAGCUAACCCUGCUGCUGUGGACAUUGGGACGUGUGAACAUGUUAAAUUUGAUGGAAUCUCGAGGCUUGCUAAGUAUCCGCGACAAGCGUAACUUUUAGUGACUUUUUUUUGCAAAACUGAUAAUAGACUUUUCAAAAUAAUUAAUUUGGAACUUUUCAUCUUAAAACAUGAUUUUUGCCACCACUUACUCGAGGUUAGCGGCAGUGCAAAAUUGGGAUGGCCUGAAUGCUACUUGGGCGUCAUUAUUAUCAUUCUUAUGUAAAUCUUAACAUUUACCAGAAUAAUUUCGCAAU